AUGGAUGAUGAGAUACUCUCUGAAUUCGACGAAAAGUACGUGGUUGAUCAAAUAAGAGAAGAAUUCAGGUUGAAAAACAUUGUUUUCCCAAUCAAGAAAUUUAAUCUUUUCAAUAAAUGCCAAUGGCCGAUGCCUGCGAUCAUCUUCCACCUCUUCAAGAUCAUCACAGCAGUUUACAUGACCUUGUUCACCAUCAUUGCACCAUCUUCUUUUGGAAAAAGAUAUUUUAGUUACAUCACUAAUCUCUCAUACACGGUAGCCACAACAUAUUUUGUUUUCUCAGCAAUACGGGUAGUAACUGUUGAAGUUUUGACACGCGGACCUUCCAGUUCACUGGUGGAUGUUCAUGGAAACAAAACAAAUUCAAGCAGUGAAUUGUUAAAUGAUCACUUUAAAAAUGACCCAAAGUUGAUAAUGUUGAAAAUAAGCAUUUACAUCGAAUGGAUGGCUAGACACCUCGGUUAUUGCGGCUCACUAGUGGUUGCCGUUUGCUAUUAUUCUCUGGAAUAUAAUACGAAAAGUACAUCAGAGACUACCUACUUAGACAUCAAUUCUCACAUCUUGAUCAGUUUCGUCAUCAUGGUUGACUUGUUUCUCUCCGCUUCUCCUAUCAAAUUGCUUCAUUUUGUUUGGGCAACUAUGGCCGGCUCGUUGUACACAUUGUUCACUUAUAUUUAUUUUAGAAUGUACGAUGAGGUUUUAUAUUACACAAUUUUCAACUGGAGAGAUCCUUCUAUGGCCUCGUUGUACUUUCUAAUAAUUACCAUAUUUGGCUCUUUGCUGUGCACCAUAUUUCUCUACUUCUGCUAUUUAAUGAGGAUCUUCCUUUAUAAUAAAUGGAGGCAGUUCAAGAAAAAUAAAAGUAAUCUAUAA